AUGGUCAGACCAGGAGAAAACAUAACUCUCUACUGUGACUGUAAAACUUCAACUGGAGAAUUCAUAGUGUGGUACAGGAAUUGCUCUCAUGAGAAACAACCUUCUCUUGUUCUAAAAACAAAGCUUGAGCAAAGACAAUAUAAACCAGGUAUUGAUUAUCAAAACCUUCUGAAUCCACUCCCUAAUUUCCAUCUUGUGAAAAAUCAUUCCUCGCAAUCCUAUGACCUGCUGAUCACAAACAUCACUGAUUCAGAUGAGGGCUUCUACUACUGUGGAACUGAACAGUCUAAGGUGAAGGACAAAGAAACAAUUAAUCUUGAAUGCCUUUAUAGAUAUGGAAACCUCACCACAAAGAUCCUACUUCACCCCCGUGAGCCUCAAACCACGCAAAAAGACUGUGGUAUAUGCUGGAUGCUUCUCUUCUCUCUGUGUCCAGCUUUUGUGGCCCUCUCAUCUCUGCUAUGUUCUCUUUUGAUAUAUUACCAUCACAAGACAGCUAAGAAACCUCUGGCUGAUGAGAAAAGAUAUGAGAGCAGAGACCAGAUGAGAAGAAAUCAGAAUGAAGAUGUGUGUUAUGCAGCACUGGAAAUCCAGCCAGUAUCUCAGAGACCAAAGAAGAGGAUUGCCCAGAGUUCAGAUUUCAGUGCCUACACAACCAUGAAUAGUUUUCACAUGUAAUGAACUUUUUUUUUCCUCAGUAUGGUUACUAAGUAUUAUUGAUAAGUAGUCUGUGCUACCAGAUCUGAUAAGGAAAGAUUAUGUAAGAUUAUGGUCUUUUUUUCC